AUGUCCUCAUAUACUGAAGAACAAGAAAGAGUAGCGUUGGAGGUUUUAUCAAAGGAAAGACAUGAUUUUUAUAAUGUUUUAAAAGUAGAACGUAGUUCUGAUGAAACUGAAAUUAAAAAAUCUUAUAGAAAAUUAGCAAUUAAAUUACAUCCUGAUAAAAACCCUCAUCCAAAGGCUAGUGAAGCUUUCAAAGUUAUUAACAGAGCAUUUGAAGUUUUAAGUGAUAAUGAAAAACGUGAAAUCUUCGACAGGAUAGGUAGAGACCCCGAUGAUAGAGGUGUAUCGUCUUCUGCAUCAGGAUUUAAUGGAGCUCAACCUGGGUUCCCUUCUGAUUUCGAAAAUAUGUUCUUCCGUCGUCAAUUUAACCAAGGUGGCCAUGCAGCUCCAGAAGAUAUUUUUGAUUUCUUAUUUAAUAUGAAUGGUGGUGGAAGCCCAUUUGGUGGUCCAUUUGGUGGCAGUCCAUUUGGCGGUGCAACUACCUUCUCUUUUGGCCCAGGGGGGUAUAGAGUUUAUACAAACGGCCCAGGUGGUCAUCCUUUUGCACAAAGACAAAGGCAAAGACAACAACAACGACAACAGCAACAGCAACAACCUGAAAGAAACGAUUUUUACGAAAAUAUAAGAAUAUUAUUACCGUUCUUAAUACUAUUCGUAGUACCACUUUUAGAAAGGCUAUUAUUCGGUUAA